AGCUGAGGCUGAGUGUUGUCUGCUUGAUUUCCCUUCCACUAGCCUACUGCGAGCUGAUUAUUUUCGCCCCUGGAUGUGGGGGUGCUUGUUCCUGUGAACUCCGGUCGGGCCGAGGCCGCUUUCUCCGCGCCUAGCUUCUUAGUCAUGCAUUUGCCUAGGUUUUUCAUGUGGUAUAGAACCUUCUCGAUUCGUGAAGAUGAAUGCACGAAUUGGACUGAGUUUGACAUUGCACCAUCUGAGCAUGUUCUCUGUAAUGUUGCAUAGAUAUUGGUAUAGCUUCAGUCUCUGAACAAUUAAGUAUUAAAAGAGUCUAUAUUGAAAAUUGUUCCACUUCCACUGAGCUGAGCUGAGACUAUACAUUGCCUCCAACUCCAAGCUCCAGCUCCACUGACUGCCUCGACUAGUAUAGCUCUACUCUAGCUCUAUUGCUAUUCAGAGACUGAAGUACAUUGUACGGCCUGUACAUCAAACAAGGGACAUUAUAUCGCAAAAGUAAAGCUACCUGUUACCAUUAAAUGGUCUGUGUGAUCUCAAUAGAGCAAGAGAUUUUUUGUAGACCACUGAACAUUUGCUUGAAAAGAUGAACCUCGGAAGGCACAAAGGAGUGAAGAUUAAAGGUGGAAGAACAUCUGCAAAGAUUAUUGAUGAUUGGGAACUAGUGGAAGUGGUUUGUGAGCCACCAAGUAAAAUACAUGAAAAACACAAAAAAGGUUCCAGAAACUCCAGAAACAGGAGAGGAGGGUAUGUAGGAGGAGUGACACCACAGCCUAACCCAGAUCAAUAUCUCCUAAAAAGUGAGGAUUGGCCCGAAUUGCCAAAAUUAGACAAUCGUGAGCUAGUAACCACAUCAAGGGAGAAAUCUGAAGCAGAAGAAGAGCCAACAAUUAUGUCUAUGGAUGGAGAGAACAUUGAGGACAGCUGGGGAGGACCGGUGGUUCCUGUGGAGGGGCCUACCACGUUGACGGAACGAGAAAACAAUAUGACUAAGGCUCCUAAUUUUGAUUUGGCUGAAUUUUUGGAAAGUCACCCAGAUUUGCCAGAAAUGGAACUUGCUGUUGUGAUGGCGAUCAAUUACUUGCAUAAACAGAAGGUGUUAUCCAAUAAGGACCAGACCGGUCUCAUGUACCACCCUGUAGGAUUGAACACUUACCAGACUCCAGCAUCAGAGGGUAGCUUCUUAUAUCCCCCCAUCCCUCUCUACAGUAUCCUGGCAAAGAUCUUAGAUCAAUGGAUGCUUCGAGGAGCAUGUUAUGCCAAGGAUCUGAUAACAUAUGAACAUCUAGAUGAAGGGGAUGGCAUUGAUAAAAGAAAAAUAGUGCUGGACAAUGCGACAUGUCACAUGAUAGGAAUCGGAGGAUCAUGGGAAGGGUCGGAGGAUGACGAGAAGAAACACAAGAUUAGCCAGUUGUUUAGGGACAUUGGAAAGAGAGGUCUACUGGACUUGCUUGGUGUGAGGAGGACAGUGGGGACAGAAGAUACCUUCCCACCAACCAGAGACAUCCUGCAAACAAGUUUCAGGGAACUAAAUAAGGCAAGUAGUCAGCUUACAGUUGGAGCGAGGGCACUAGAGAAACAUUGCCAUCGAGAUCAGUCCAAUAACUGGUGGGGAAGACCAAAAGGAAAUGAUCAAUCCAAGAAUGAAAAUGCAGAGCGUGUGCUCAAUAAGAUCCUCAAUGAGGUUGGAUGGCUUAAUAUUCAUCAGCUGCCGCAUGCCCUGCCGAUUUUGGAGGUACGGAACACUGAUGGCUACGGGGCCCGCUGGUCACCCGAUGGCAAGGAGUUCAGAGGCUUCUUAGAGCCGCCCAUGAUCGCCGGCUGGGAAACGGGCUAUAAGCAUUAGACAACUCUUCAAAAUCAGGAGGUUUCUUGCAUUUUUGUGUGAACUAUUUUAUAUGUUACUGGUUUACAUAGCAAAUCAGGAAUGAAUAUAGAGGUGUCUUGGUCUAGUGGAUACGUCACCAGGCUGUGGAUUGAAAUGGUUCACAAAGAUCCUAAGUAUAACUUAACUCUAAGUUGGACUUAAAAGUUAUGGAGAGCCAUUUGUAGCCUUCAAAUGAAAUAUAUUUAAAAGCGAAUUAUCAAGUAUUUUAGACUUGUUAUAUAUUCCACAUCAAGAAUACAUUCCUUGAAAUGCUCGAGCGCCAUUAAGGCAGCCAUUGUAAAAACCAGGGUAAUAAUUGUAGAGCGCCAGAAAUGUCAAAUGUAACAGACAUGAGCCUAUACAAGAACCCACUGUUAUGAGGAUGGGAGAAGGGCUGUAAAAGCAUGAGGGCUCUUUGAAAUCAUAUGGAUUUAAUAUUCAAGUAUUAAAUUUCAUUGUACUAGGCCUCAUAGCAAAGCAAUAAUAUAAGAUUAUCAGAUAUGCAAGAGGCUAGAAGCAUUGACACUCAUUGUAAUCAUGCCAAUUUGUGCAAGCUUUUUUUUAACUAUUCAGACUAUAUUUACUGACCUACAUAGAUAUAGUAACGCAAUUAUAUAUGAGCCUGAGGAUUAUGGGGAAUAAGCAUUGAUAAGUUAUGCAUAAUAUCAUGCCGUUUUAUGGAAGAUUUUGUAAACUAUUUUACGAUGUUACUGGUCUACAUAACAAAAGCUAUGCAAUGAUAUUGCUUACUGAUUAUAUAUGAUAUAAUAUAUAUACAUAGGUAUGUUAUAUAUGAUAGUUAUGAUAUAUGAUUACGCUCUACUGCUAUAUAAGCGGCAUAUUUACUUAUUAUACCAAUAUUUCUUUUUAAAGAAUAAUUAUAGACAUUUUAUAAUCGAAAAGCAAUGUUAUUGCAACUAGGAUUACCUUCAAUUACCAAUUAGAUCAAAAUGUUAUUGUAUGUUUAUUUAAAGAGAGGUUGUCUGGUGAUCUUAAACAUGCAUUUUGUCAUGGUCAACACUUUACCCCAGCAAAAAUGCCAAUGACCAAUCCAAAAGAGAUUACCGAUUGUUUUGAGUACUUUCCUAAUUUUUUUCUUCUGCCAACUAAGUUGUUUGACGCUAUUCACUUUUCUGUUUUGUGAAUUUCUGAUUCGAAUCGACUAUUUGUUUAAAUAUAAUACAUGAAUAUAAUACAUGAAUAUAAUACAUGGAGAAUUCAGCUUUUAAGCUGAUGAUGCGAUUUCACUCUCCCUUCUACAUAAGAACAGUAAUAAUGGGAUGUAUGUUCGAUUUUCUCUCCGCCUGACCUGUAGGCAUAUGAAAAGGUGAACGUUUAUUGCAUUACGUUUUAAACUCAAAUCUUCCUGUGUAAUUUCCACCCUCGACAUGAAUUUCCCAUCUCUUUGUUUUGCCUCGCAGUUUAUGUCCCUGUCAAACACAGCAUGAGUUCGUAACAUCAUUGCUUGCGUUCAAGCUUGUAAAUAAAAAAAUACAACAGCCUCCUUUUUCCGAUUUACACCUCAGAAAUAGAUAUGAAACGUACUUUGGUUCAUAAGUCGCGCUAACACUUUUUCAAAGUUCCAAGAAAAUAUUUUCGGGAAAAUUAAGCUCAAGAGUUGUUGUUUGUUUGUUCAUCUUUAUUCAAGAAAGUAUACAUGUAACAUAAUAAUAAAGAUGUGACAUAAAACCCAGGACAGAGAUUUGUAUUACAUUAAAUGCAUCUCAUGCAGGGUUGAACAAUUACAAUACACAAAAACAAAACGGAAAAGAGAACAUUAUAACGUCAGUGUUUUAAAUGAAAACAUUAAUAAUUCCUAACAAAAUAACAAACACUAAUUGGUCUGCAAUAUACCUGCAUACGAAGAGCACAAUACAAACUCACAAGAAGUAUCACACAAAACAGGAUGAGGGGCAGCCUGCUGACAAAAUUUGCAAAUUUGCAGUGGUAUCCUGGAACCGUGUCAGUGGCGCCGUAUCCUCUUAAUAACCUAUCUCUAUCCUCUUAAUAACCUAUCUCACAAGAAAGCAAUCAAUCAAUCAAUCAAUCAAUCAAUCAAUCAACGUUAAAUUUUAUAUAUUAAUUUUUAUGAAGAGGGCCGAGAUAUCAUGAAACUGUAAUUAUUCAGAAGACUCUAGUGUGAACACGGUGUUUGAACGUUCCCAGUCGUUUUGUCUCAACAGAACGCAACAAGAGUAGGUGAUAAUGGGAGAGGUCGUAUCAAUUGAAAGGUCAUGUGCAUCCAGUUCCAGGUCAAAAGGUCAUACACGUCACCUGAUAGAUGCGCGGUUUUCCCAGCCCUUCAUCGAAAUGUGUUCUAUGUUUCCAAAGGAAUGUGCAAUAUUGAUGCCAGAGCUAAACUUAAGGAAAAUUGUGUCCGAGAGAUAAAUAGACAAAGAAAAUUACAAAAAUAAAGUCUUUCAUACUACUGUAAAGACGAUAGAAAGUGCCCCUGUAUUAUGAAUUUCAUCCCAUAGUAAGCCCCCGCCCCUACGUUCGGGGGAGGGGGGCGGCCUGGUGGCAGGCAGUGAGGAUAGUUCCCAUAUUAACUGUCAGAGUCUAAACCUAAACAAGAGCCGUACUACUUUUGUUUGUAUUUCAAAUACGUUGAAAGUUGUAAACAAAAUUAAACAGUGGCCCUCAGGAACAUGACUGCCUGAUUGUUAUUUUGAUGACUCUGAGUUAAUAUCAUGUGAAAAGUGACGUUUGUGAUACUGACUGAAAUACGUUCUGGUGUCUGAUAUACACGUGCUUUAUAUCGUUAAGCAAUCUUUCACUUUCUACUUUUAUAAUGCAAAUAAUAUUUAUAUAAUAAUAGGUUAGUUCCUCCCAUCAAAUUGUGAAACUAAUUUAUAUUUAUAUAACGUUUAGUGAGUUUUUUUUAUUUGUUAGAUCUAAAUCUGUUUUCUUGUGUUUUAUUGUUUCUAUAGAAUUUGUAUUGCAAAAUUGUUUGUUGUGUUAUAUCUGCCAGAUUUCUUAGUACAAAGCUUUUCUUUCUUUAAUCGUUUUAUCACAAAUUAACUCUUUGAAGACCAGUUUAGAUAUAUAUAAACCGUGCCAUGUAAACAAGUAUCACUUUGGAAGAGCUUGUAUGCAAGCUGCACAUACAUAUAUUAAAGUGGUGUAUUUCCCUAUUAUUGUGUGCGUCAGAAGUUAUAGAUGUUUAUAUAUUUUGCUUUAGUUGUUUAUUCUAAAGAUUUAAAAUACAAUUUAAGUUAAAUUGUCGUCAUAUUAUUGAUGUCAUUCUGCACACCAGAAGUGCCAGACUUUUUUGGUGUCAGUCAUGAGAUUUUCGAUGAUAUUUUGUUUUUGUUUCAUUCCAGGCGAUCUGAUGUUAUAGGCCUGAAAUGUAACGACGUGAUAAGCUAUUAUCCAUUUUUACAUUUCAUGUAUAAGUUGCAAUAUCUUGUAUAAAAGAUUGUAUAUUUUUAGAUUCUAGAACAAUUUUAUCGAUGCAAUUAUAAUCAAAAUUUUACAUGAA